AUGUAUGGCUCACAUGCUAGCCAUGGUAGAUCAUUAUCAUCAUCAUCAUCACCAUCAUCAUCUUCAUCUUCUUUUUCUUCCUCCAUUAAUUCCCGAAAAAUGAAAUAUGAUGUUUUUUUGAGUUUUAGAGGCAAAGAUACACGCAAAAAUUUCACAGGCCAUCUUAAUAAAGCUUUGCGUCUCAGGGGAGUUAAGACAUUCAUUGACAAUGAGCUCAACAAGGGUGAAGAGAUUUCUUCCUCGCUAAUCAAAGUGAUUGCACAAUCGAAAAUCUCCAUUGUUGUCUUCUCCAAGAACUAUGCAUCUUCUCCAUGGUGUUUGGAUGAACUUGUGGAGAUACUUGAGUGUCAAGAUUCACUUGGGCAAGUGGUUUGGCCAGUGUUUUAUGGUGUGGAGCCUCAUGAAGUAAGAAAUCUGAAAGGCAGUUUUGGAAAGGCAUUAGCUAAAUAUGUUGAAGAAAGUGGGAAUAUCAAGAACAACAUCAAAAGGCUGCCCAAGUGGAAGUAUGCUUUGAACAAAGCUGCCAAUCUUUCUGGAUGGCCUUUAGCCAAUGGGUAUGUACUUUAUUAA